AACAGUACAGAGGGCAGGUGGUACAUCGGAUUCUUUAAUCUCAGUAGGUUGCAAUUUGCAACAGAAGCAUCGGUUUUGUUACCAAGGAUUGAUUAGCUAAAUAAAACAAAUAAACAAAUUAUUAAAAAAACCAAUAAGCUAGAUUAUAGGGAAGUGAUCUCUAUCUAUAUCCAUUAUAAAAAGGAGCAAAGGGCUUCCCCUCUUUCGCCUGCACAGAAAUACAAUAAUGGCGCUGAAGCUGCAUGGAUCAGCCAUGUCCACAAGCACCUCUCUUGUGAUAAUUUGUCUCCAUGAGAAAGAAGUAGAUUUUGAGCUCGUCCCUGUUGAUCUUUUCGCCGGCGAACAGAAGCAGCCUCAUUUCCUAGCCAAGAAUCCCUUUGGUCAGGUUCCAGUACUUGAAGAUGGUGAUCUCACUUUAUUUGAAUCCAGAGCAAUCUCAGCAUACAUAGCUGAAAAAUUCAAGGAAACUGGCUAUGAUCUAUUAAGGCACCAAAACCUGCAAGAAGCUGCAUUAGUGAAGGUAUGGAUGGAGGUAGAAUCUCAGCAAUUCCACCCUGCAAUAGCUCCAAUUGUCUACCAAUUUUACGUGGUCCCUCUUAAAGGUGUUUCCCCUGAUCAAGCAAUUAUCGACGACAACUUAGAGAAGCUAGGGAAGGUGCUGGACAUUUAUGAAGCUAGGCUGAGUAGCACCAAGUACCUGGCAGGGGAUUUCUAUAGCUUGGCUGAUCUUCACCACCUUCCUUACACUUGUUAUCUCAUGAAAACCACUGCAGCUUCAGUCAUAAAUGAACGCCCCCAUGUGAAGGCAUGGUGGGAGGAUAUUUCAUGCAGGCCAGUUUCCAAGAAAGCUGCAGAGGGUAUGACUUUUGGUGAGAAAUGUACCUUGAAGAUCAAAGCUCUAUUAUUAUAACUAUUUCAAGAGCUAGCUAGAUAAAUUUGUGGUCUUAAUGUGUUGGAAAUUUGAAACUAUGUAUCAAAUAAAAAUUUCUCUUCCCAUGGUUAA